AUGUCUGACAACAUAGAAUGGAUUACAGAACCGGCUGAGGGAGAGAAAUCAUCCGAAGCCAAUGUGGAAGUCACUUUACCGUCUCCUCCAGCAGAAUUCAAUGAUAACUUCAGAAAUGAAGAGCCGUCUUAUCAACCAGAAAUCUCAUCAUUGGGAACUCAAAACCCAAAAAUUGAAACCAAGUCUGCAGAAUCCAUUCAGAAACCGAGGGAUGACAGAUUCGUUCAUUAUGAUUUCAAACCAAACGGAAAUCGAGUCAAAUUUGACGAUCCAGGGCCAAGAGACCCCCCUAAACCAUCCAAGGCAGCAUACGAACCGGAGGUUCAGAGAACGACAUUUUCAUCAAGACCUCUUGAAGGAUCUUCUGACCAUCUUCAGCAUGCUCUUCCUUCGAAGGAUGACGUCAUCAAUCAAUUCAGAACUCAUAAACCAAUCAAAGAAGACUCCGAAGAACCACAGUCUCCGAAUAAGAGUAAGAAUGUGGUCAGUGAUGUAGAAGAGAGGGCCUUGAGGGCUCUUGAAGAUGACAUUCCAUCCAGACUUUCCUCUCUGAGGAUCGAGCAGAAAACAUCGGGAGAAUCACAACAAAAAGAAAAGUCUCCGGAUUCCGAAGCCGAAGAAAACACUCGUCUCAGAAGUCAGAAGGUGAAAGAUUACAACGGAUUCACUUACUACACAUGUAGAUUCUGUGGGAUUACAUUCAAUUACAUAACAACUCUUAAAUCACACGAACGAACGCAUGGAGUGGAGAAGGUAGGGAAGCAUACAUGGACGGACGGAUAUUGUCCGACGUAAGCGUAAAAUUUGCCCAAUCAAGUCCGAUCGUGGACAAGAUCCGCUGGAGUUUAGUCCACAGUAGACUGCGGAUCGAAUUUCCACUUUUGUCUGGAUUGAAAUACAACGUUUAUAAAUUUCCGUCCAUACUACAAGGAAGAUGGACUUACACAUUUUUUUGGUCUUGCCUGGCAAAACUCCCGACAAGCCCCGCUCACGCGGGCCUUGACGCCGCUGUGCGCGCAAAGGUCGUCCAACAUAAAGUUGACUUGAUCGCACAAAGGUUGAUGAUCGCGUGCACUACAGUUGAUCGUGCAGGCCACGCUUCGCGUGGCCAACAACGCGCUGGCGCGCGUUAUACUGCCUCAAGCCCGGCAGUUCCGUUGCCAAGGGCCGCGCGCCAGCGCUACCUUUCAGCAGCUGAACUCUUCUUUGAACUUUACCUCGGCCUUCGGCCUCGGCACAGUUUACUCCAGCAGUCAACUACAACAUUCAGAAGGUUCCGUAAUCAACGGCGGCCUUCGGCCGCCGAAGCUUCCAGAAAACACUCACUUUGGCUCGGCCUUCGGCCUCGCAGUCAUUUUUUGUGUUGCUUCAUCGUUAUUGAACUUUUCCUAUGCCUUCGCCCUCGACAGAAUCCCGGGAGCCCGACAUUCAGAAGGUUCCGUGACCAACGGCGGCCUCCGGCCGCCGAAGCUUCCAAAAAAAGUCCCUUUGGCUCGGCCUUCGGCCUCGCCAAGUCGUAUUUUAAGAAAUUUUGGGUUUCUUUGAACUUUACCUUGGCCUUCGCACAGUUUACUCCAGCAGUCAGCUACAACAUUCAAAAGGUUCAGUAACCAACGGCGGCCUUCGGCCGCCGAAGCUUCCAAAAAAAGCUCCUUUAGCUCGGCCUGCGGCCUCGCAGUCAUUUUUCGUGUUGCUUCACCGUUAUUGAAGUUUGCCUCGGUCUUCGGCGGCUGCAGAAUCCCGGUAGACCUACAUUCAGAAGCUUCCGUGACCAACGGCGGCCUCCGGCCGCUGAAGCUACCAAAAAAAGUCCCUUUGGCUCGGCCUUCGGCCUCGCCAAGUCGUAUUUUAGGAAAAUUUGGAGUUCCGCACACGAACUGCAUCCAGAAUUUGAUUCUGCGUCGAUUGGGACCAAAAUCAUGUCGAUAGCUCCACUGGCAGCCGAGUUCUGGAAGGGCGGAUCCAGAAAAUUUCAAAUUUUCGUCUUUGUCGCUAGGCGGGCGGGGUAAGAUGGUCGUAUGUUGGGAAAUAAAAGUUGUUUCUAGGGCAGUUUGACGUGCUGAUUACGGGGCGUAUCCCGAAAAUUCGCUGAAUUUGCUAUUCGUGCCCUCAGGGCCGAUUUUGUGCAAAAAAUCCCGAAAACUCCCUACGGUGCAUUCGAUGAGCAUUCCGGCACCGUAUCAGAAGCCGAAAAUAAGCACAGAGUAACUUCAGUCUAUUGCCGAGACAAUGCCGAAGCCCUUUUUUUGAAUUUCGAUCUAGUUUUCCCGGAAAACUUUCCGGAAAAUUUGGCCUUUUUUGGGAACUUUCAGAAAAUCCCGAAUAGCUAAAAUACGAAAUACGAUAGAAAGAUACGAAAUGUGGUUCUAGGGCAUGUCAGGCAUGCUGAUUCAGAAUCCGUUGUCAAAAUCCAGAAAUUCCGUCAUCUUGAUGGUGAAAAAUGGAAAAAUCCGAAAAAUGUCGAAAAUCGCCAAUAACUUUCGACCGGUCGAUCCUACACUCACGAUGUUUAGCUCAGAAGGCUUAAAAUUUUGCGUAGAUAACGAUGGAACUCAGUUUCGUCCCACACAAUAACGCUCACAUCAGGUACCCUCAGGGCAUAUAUGUGAAAAAUUCGAAAAUUCGCGCGCUUUUGGCCCCAGUCGAUAAGAAAAAAUGUAGAAAAGCUAAGGGCGACUCGAAAAAUGUGAAAAGUUACAGCCGAUCCAAAAUCAAAAAAUCCCAUUUUCAAACGCUCGCAAUUCCCGCCAGGAUGAAAAUUCCAACUAAGUGCUGAUGCCCAAAGUCAUCGAAUCCCUGCACCAGUUGACAAAAAAAAAGUCUCGAAAAAAAGUGCACGUUGAGUAUUUUUCAUUUUAGCAAAUUGGGGAGUUUUUGAUUUCUCGACUUAACCUCUUAGACAAGAAAUUCGAAAUUUUUGGCUGGGCUGAGAAAAAAUCUUCAUGAGGAGAGAGCAGAAAUUUGCGAAAUAUUGUGCAAUGCUACGCAAUUUGAUUCAAAAAUUUGACAUUUCUUGGCAGCCAAGAAACCGGAACUUUUGCCAGACAAGUCAAAAAAUAUUUAAUCGAAUCACCUUUAUAAAUUACGAAAAGGCUCAAUUAAAUGUUUACUUUCAGCCUUUCGUUUGUGCAAAAUGCGGUGAAGCCUUCCACUACGACUGUGAACUACAAUAUCAUGUGAAAAGUCAUGUCGGUAUGUGCAAACGGUACCUUCGAAUAAAAGUUUUAGACCAAAAGGGAUACAAAUGCGACUGUGGACGAACUUUCUAUCAAUAUACCGAGCUGCUUAACCACACCCAUCCUGAUGAUCCUCAGCCCUUCUAUGGACAAGCAGCUAAUCAGCCGGCCGAAGAAGAACAGGCAGUCCGAAUCAAGCCGUUUUCGAAGAUCCCUGAAACUGAUUUCCCUACGCCCGAAUACGCAGAGAAAGGAUAUGAACCCAAGUAUCAGAUAAGGCAGUACAACGAAGUAAGAACACAUCCAUAUAUCUGCCAGUACUGUUCUAAAUCAUACCCGGACAGCAGGUGAGUGUUCUUGAUAAAGAAAAAAUAAUACGUUCCCCAUCUUAUAAUCCUUCUGCUUCAGACAACUGGCUUAUCACAUGUACAGUCACCGCGGAGAGAGGACGUUUAAUCCCAGGGCCUCCCGAUAUCUGAUGUGCCGAAACGAGAACUCUUACAUCACACCGGGAGUGUGGCUGGACCGGUGA